GAAGGUGGGGACUUCCGCCGCCCACUCCGGAACCCUCUGUUCUAGCGCGGGUUUCCGCGGAGACAAAUAAAGCCAUCAGCGCGGAAGUAGCGUGGGCCGGGUCAGGCGCAGUCAUGUCGGCCGCGUUGCUGCGAAGGGGUCUCGAGCUGCUGGCGGAAUCCGAGGCCUCCCGGGCCGCGCCAAGCCAGGCCAAGCCGAGCGGAGCUCAGCUGAAGCGGGCUCGGAAGGCGAAGGCGAGCCAGGCCCAGAAACUGCGAAACUCAGCCAAGGGAAAGGUGCCCAAAUCGGCGCUGGCUGAGUACCAGAAGCGAGAGUGUCAAAACCAUCUCAGAACAAACCUGAAGUUUAUGACCAGCAAGAGAAGCACGGUAGAGGAGUCUGUGACCCAACAGAUUCUGCGCCAAAACCGGGGCCGCAAGGCCUGUGACCGGCCUGUGGCCAAGACUAAGAAGAAGAAGGUAGCCGAGGGUACUGUGUUCACUGAGGAAGACUUCCAGAAGUUCCAACAAGAAUACUUUGGCAGCUAGGCUUCCUGGAGGGACCCAUGGGAGAGGCACUUGGGCCCAUCUUCCUAGGACUUCCCUGCCUCUGCUGGCCUUGGGACUCAGCCAAGCCAGGCAUAGCCAGCAGAUGAUGCACGACCAGCCUGGUUCAAGGAAGCCCCAUAGCCGGAAGCACUGGAAGAUAGGAAUGGAGCUAAUGAGCUAGAAGCCUUGGAGCAGAUUUAUACUCAAACUGGAGCUGACCUUUGCAGGCUUGGUUGUUGAAAGAGUCAUGAGGGGCCAUUUGCACCUGCCAGAAAAGAACACUUCUUUUUGCUUUGCCCAGGUAAGGCCUCUGGGCUGUUUGUUGGUAAUGGGCCCUUAGGGAUUGCGCUCCAGGAACAUGAAGGUGGCUGCUCGAUGGGCUUCUGGGCCCUAAUAAACAUGACCUGAGCUAUGUGCUUCUGAUCUUUUAUGGGGUGUCUUCCAUCUCCUCUGGAACUCCCCCCUGCAUGGAUCUAGGAGCUCCAUG